AUGAGCCUUCCCGGAAAUUACCGGCCGGAAAGUUACCGGCCGCAGGAGACUUACCGGCCACAGGAGGCGCUUUCGCCGGCGAGGAACGACGGGCCGGCCAUGGGGUGGGUGGCCCGGCCGCGGGGGGCGAGGGGGAGUUUGGACGGGGGAGGCGCGGGAGGUGCGGGCGGAGCGGAGAGGCGCACGCGGAGUGUUGCAAGCAGCGGGGAAGGAAGGGGAAGGAUGUAUGGCGGAAGCGCAGUCGCAAGCGCGGAAGGGAGGCUCGGAUUCGGCGCAGGCGGAGGGGGGAUCGGCGGAGGGUUUUCCGCGGAAGGGAGGAGCGCGUAUUUCCCCGACGCGAAAGCGGGGGCGUACGGCGCGGGGGGAGGAUAUGGCGCUGGGGGGGAAGGAAUCGGCGCGGGGGUCAGCGCGGGGGUCAGUGCGGGGUUCAGCGCGGGCGGCGGAAGCAGCGGAAUCAGCGGAGGGGCGGAGUUCAGCAGCAGUGCGCUGAUUGGUGUGGCGCAUGGGCCGCAGCCUGUGACUGUAGCGGUGAACAUUCGACCGCUUAUAUCGAGGGAGCUUACAACGAGGUGUAUGGAGUGCGUCACUGUUCCCCCUGGAGGCGCGCCGCAGGUGUGUAUGGGCGAUGAAAGAUAUGUAUGCGGAACGAUUCGGUGCAGAGCGGUUGAGAAUGGUGACACGGAGAGAGGUGCAUGGCGGUCCAAGUGGGUGCCUGGCUGGUUCUCCACAUUACUGCUUCAUCUGGAAUGUUAUAUAUGUCGUGGGUGCAGUGGUGAGACCAUGUCCUCUUGUGCUCCACAUUACUGCUUCAUCUUCCCUUGGCUUUACCUCUCCACCACGUGCCUCUCCACCACGUGCCUCUCCACCACGUGCCUCCCCACCACGUGCCUCCCCACCACGUGCCUCCCCACCACGUGCCUCUCCACCACGUGCCUCCCCACCACGUGCCUCCCCACCACGUGCCUCCCCACCACGUGCCUCUCCACCACGUGCCUCCCCACCACGUGCCUCCCCACCACGUGCCUCCCCACCACGUGCCUCCCCACCACGUGCCUCCCCACCACGUGCCUCCCUACCCCGUGCCUCCCCACCUCUUCCCCCCAAUCACAGGUCCGAGUGCUGCCAGAUUGGCUAUUCACGUACGACCACAUGUACGGUGGGGGCGGUGGUCGCCCCAUGCCUACUUGCGCCUUACCUCUGCAUCACCUGCCAUCCUUUCCCCGACAUCACAGGUCCGGGUGCUGCCGGAUCUCCACCCCAAUCACAGGUCCGGGUGCUGCCGGAUUGGCAAUUCACGUCCGAGUGCUACCGGAUUGGCUAUUCACAUACGACCAUGUAUACGGAGGUGGCGGUGGGCGGCCCAUGUCGUUUCUGUUUGACGACUGCAUUGAGCCGCUGGUGCUGGGGCUGUUCGAGGGGUACAACGCCACUGUGUUCGCAUAUGGGCAGACCGGGUCAGGGAAAACCUACACAAUGGGGACGGCGGUGCAGGGCGGCAUGUAUGGGGAUGUGGACGGCUGUGGGCCGUCCGCGGUGGAAAAGCAGGGCGGCGUGACUCGGCGCGUAGUGGACACACUGUUCACGCGUGUGGAGCAGCUGAGUGGCUUGGCGCGCUUCCAGAUCCGAGUGGCGCUCAUAGAGAUCCACAAGGACGACAUUCGCGACCUGCUGGAAUUGACCAGUCUGGGGGCGGGGGGAGGGGCGAACAUAUACCCACACUCUGCUGCUUCCCGAGCCAUCAUGAGCAGCGGGCCGAGCCGGCAGCCAAUUAGCAUCCGCGAGACGGCGGGCGGCAUCACCCUGGCGGGGGUGACGGAGCAGGUGGUUCACUCGAGGGAGGAGGCGAUCGCAUGCCUUGAGGACGGGCUGUUGUUUCGCGCCACUGGCGGACACAACCUGAAUGCGAGAUCCAGUCGUUCCCAUGCCAUCUUCACGAUAUUCAUCGACAUGUUCCGCCCCCGAGGGGGGGGCAUGGGCGCGCGGUCAGGGGGAGGGGGGAGGGGGCGCGCGGACGAGGAGCAUCUGUGCGCCAAGAUGCAUCUGGUGGACCUGGCUGGGUCGGAGCGGAUCAAGAGGACGCACGCUGAGGGGGUGCGCAUGCAGGAAGGCAUCCACAUCAACCGAGGACUAUUGGCACUUGGUAAUGUUAUCAGUGCGCUGAGCAGCAUGGAUAAGGACGACCGGCGCAAGCAACCCUUGACCACCAACCCUCCCCCCCCUACCCCUCUUUACCGCAUCCACAUCAACCGUGGGCUACUGGCACUGGGGAAUGUUAUCAGCGCGCUGAGCAGCAAGGAUAAAGACGACCGGCGCAAGAGGGAGGGCAAGGGCGGCUGGCCGUCCGGCCCCACGCACGUGCCGUACCGCGACAGCAAGCUGACAAGGCUGCUACAGGACUCGCUGGGCGGCAACAGCCGGACCGUCAUGAUUGCAUGUGUGAGUCCAUCGGACAGCAACAUAGACGAGACAAUCAACACGCUCAAGUACGCCAACCGGGCGCGCAACAUCUGCAACAAGCCCACCGUCAACCGCUUAGGAGAAAUCGACGCCGAGGAGGUCCGCCGUCUCCGCCAGCAGAUCGGCCUGCUACAGUCCGAACUCGCCCGCGCCUCCUCCGCCGCCUCUGCCGCCCACAAUGAUGACGAGGUACAGCAGCUGCAGCAGCGCGUUGAUUGGCUGGAGUCGAGUAACGGGAAGCUGAGGCAGGGUUUGGCUGAGGCUCAGCAGGCGUUGUCAGUGCAAGAGCAGAAGGCGGCUGAUGCUGAGGGGACUUGUGUGCGGUUGAGGAGGGAGAUGGCGGCGGCGAUUACGGCGCUGGAUCAGGAACGGUCCGAGGCUGCGCUGCUCCGGCGCCGAGCCGAGGAGAGUGGUUCGGCGGGGGAGGGUGGGAGGGGUGGGGUGGAUUCGGCGGAGGUGGCGAGGCUGAGGGAGCGGGUUGCCGAAGCUGAGGCGAAGGCUCGGAGGGAGGCGGAGAGGGCGGAGGAGGUGGAGGUUCGGGCCGAGUCGGAGAGGCAGCGGGCUGACGGAGCUGAGGAGGAGGCUCGGCAGGCUGUGGCUCGGGCGGAAGAGGCCGAAGCUCUGGCUUGGGAACUGAAGGUCCAGGCGGCAGCAGCUACGGCCCGAUCCGAGUCAGACUCGGGGAACCUUGCCGAAGCUCAGGCCGGGUGGGAGAAGCAAAUGGAUUCGUUACGGGAAGCAGCGGCUGCUGAAGGGGUGAAACGGGCGGUGUUAGAAGCAAGGCUGGAGCAGCUGCAGGAGGAGUGUGAGGGGCUGAGGAGGAGGGUGGAGGAGGAGAGAGUGAGGGCAAAGAGCGCUGAAGCUGCUCUUGCAGUGGAGAGAGGGAGAGGGGAGAGGGAUGUGGAGGUGGGACGUUUGACAGCAGAGGUAGAGGUGACUAAACUGCAAGCGGAGGUGAGUAUAUUGAAGCAGCAGGCGGCAGCAGAGGCGGGGAAAGCAGCGGAAGCAGUGGCAGCGGCAAAAGAAGCGAGGGAAGAUCUGCAGGUGUUCAGACAGGAUGUGCAUGUGCUGUCGCAGCGACUAUCCUGUGCUGAGGAUGCUCUUAAAGAGGAAGAAGCUAAGUCUAUGGAGCUUGAGUUAGAGGUAGCGAGGCUGAAAGCAGAUAUUGCUGCUGCCGAAGCUGUGGCAGGCGUGGCUAAAAAGAGGGUGGACGAAGCCGAAGCUGAGGUUCGGCGGGCCCGAGCCGAAGGUGCGGAGGCUCGGGUGAGACAAGCAGGUUCGGCAGGCUGGAGGUGGAGUGAGGAUGGAGAAGAGGAAGAGGAAGAGGAGGAGGAGAGGGAGAGGGAGAGGGAGGGGGAGAGAGUGAGGGAGGAAGUGAGGUUGUUGUUGGGGAGUGUGGGAGAGCUUGCAAAGGAACUGGGGUUAGAGUUUAGAGGGGGAGAGGAGGGACAGGAGGGUGUGCCUAGGGAGGAGGGGGAGGAGGGGGAGGAGGGGGAGGAGGGGGAGGAGGGGGAGGAGGCGAUGGAGGAGGGAGAGCCAGGUGAAAGGAAGGUGGGGGGUAUAUCGAGCCACGAAGGGUUGGUUCGGGUGCUGGACGAGGUUCGGCGCAGGCUCGGGCUUACAGAAAGCUGUUCGGGUGGUGAAGUCUCUGCAGGGCAGGAGAAUACAGCGAGAAAUGAGGAGGGAGCGGAGAAAAAGAGAGGAGAAGAGGGAGGAGAGGGAAGAAAGAGCAGCACUGGAGAGGAUGAGGAUGAGAGGGUGUGGGUGGAAGAAGUUAGAAAGGCCCUCACAGCAGCUCACGAGCAGGAUAUGAAGGAGGUCAAGAGAGAGAUAGAGGCACUCGAGAAGAGAGUGGGAGAAGCUAAGAGAGACGCAGAAGACGCUAGGCUUCAGCUGGUGCAGGCUCGGCGCAGCCUGCAGGAGGCUCGGGAAGAGGCGGAGCAGGCUCGGAGGCAGUCGGAGGAGGCUCGGGGGGAGCUGGAGGAGGUUCGGGCGAAGGCUGAGUGGGGUGAGAAGGGGAGGGAGGUUCUUGAGAGGGAGGUGGAGGAAGGGAGAGAGAAGGUGAAUGAAAUGGUGAAGGAAAUGGAAAGAGUUUCGAGUGAGGUGAAAGUGGGGAAAGGGAGAGAGGAGGAGGCGGAGAGGAGGAGAGUGGAGGUGGAAAGGGAGAUGGAGAGGGUGAGAGAGCGGUUGGAAGCGGUAGAGGCAGAGAGAGAGGCACUGAGAGGGGUGGCUGAGGAGGUGGAGAGGGAGAAAGAGGAGGCGGAGAGGAGGAGGGAGGAGAUGGAGAGGAGGGAAAGGGAAAUGGAGGAGAAGGUGGAGGAGGCAGAGAGUAGGGUGAAGGGGUUGAGAGAGGAGGUAGAGGAGCAGAGGCGCGAGUUGGCAGUGAGGGAGGAGGAGAUAGGGGAGGUGAGGCGGGAGUUAGAGGCGAAGGAGGAGGAGGUGGGGGAGGUGAUGGAGAGGCGAGUAGCGGCAGAGAAGCAGGCCGCUAUGGAGGUGGAACAGGCUGAGAGGGUGGCGGCGCAACUCCAGUCGCUGCUGGAGCUCCUUGGAUCAGCCACGUUCCUGGCUUUGCCGUCAGAGGAGCUACUGGGGGAGCUGGCCGUUAAGUACCCGCAGCUGGAGCACCUGCUACUGCUCAUGGACGCCCAAGGCAUGGCCGGGAUGCCCCUGGGUGGUGGUGCUGCUGCUGCUGCUGCUGCUGCUGCUGAUGGUGGUGUUGCCGGUGGUGCUGGUGCUGGUGAUGGUGGUGAAUCGGAUAUGGGCUUGUCAGGGGCGAGUUCCCCGUCUGCCUCGCCCUAUCGCUACACUGUGUCUCACCUCUCCUCCUCCCACUCUCACUCCCCCGUCUCUGGGCCCCUAGAAGGGCCGGAGGGGGCGGAGGAGGGUGAGAAGGAUGAGCGGGGUGAGGAGGGUGGUGAGGGUGGUCAUGGUGAUGGUGAUGGUGAUGGUGAUGGUGAUGGGGAGAUGCAAGUAGCUCUUUUGGAUGGGAAACGUCAGGAGGAAGACGGACUCGCUUUGGUGCCAGCAGCAGCAGCAGCAGCAGCAGCAGAGGGAGAACUGGCGCUAACGAAUGGUGCUACUAUUGGGGAGGAGAGUUGUCAGCUCGCUAUAGUGCCAGCGCCUGCAGAUGAAGCACUGUAUCUGGUUACAACCGCCAGUGGUAACCACCUUGAUGGGUCUUCGCCCACAGAGAAAUGGGUUCCUGAUGCUGCAGCAGAAGAGGAUGUUGAUGAUGCAAGUGGCGGUGGGGAGGGUGACGGUGGGGACGGUGGGGACGGUGGGUGCUUACAAGGUGCUCCCACUCCCACUGCCGAUGCACUCAAUAACAUGGAUGGCAUGGGUGUUGGGAAGGGGGGGGAGGAGCAGGGUACUGAUGGUGCCAAGGUGCUAAGAAGCAGUAGCAGCAGCGGCAAGGUGCCGCGGAGUAAUUCACAGCGCAAUCGCCACGGGGUAGCAGCAGCGGUGGCAGCACUCACGGCGGCAGCGGGGGAAGCGGGGGAACCGGAAGUGGCGGCGGCGGCGGUGGCGGUAGCGGCGGCGGUGGUGGCAGAACGCACUCGUUUGCAGGGGCAGUGUUGGGGAACCUAG